AUGGCUUAUCAUUUAUUCAAAAAGUUACAAAGAGUGAGCAGUAAAGAUAGCAAACCAAAAAAUGAAAAUAAAAAUGAGGAUAUUAAUAAAUGGUUAAAGAACAUUCAAGACAUACUUAGUAAAAAUGUUGUUGAUAAUGAUUCGAAUGAAAGUGUUGAUGAUAACGUGAUUAACAUUACUGAUUACUUGAUAACUAUAAAUAACAUUGUGAAGUACACGGAACAAGUAAAAAAUAGGAAAAUUGACUAUUUCGAUGAUGAAAAUACGGUAAUAUUACUUAUUAAACAAUUUUGUAAAAUUUUAAAUAUAAUUCAUGUAUUUGAAAAAUUAAAAAGAGUUGAUAAUGUUGAUCAUGAUGAUGAUGGUAAUAAGGAUGAUAUAAAAAAGAAAAUUACAAUUUUGACAAAAAAUAACGUCUGGACAUUACUGGAAGAAAUAAUUCUGAACAGUUCAGAAGUUUUGAACAAAAUAAUUUGUUUAAAUAAAGACAUGUUUCAUAAAAAAAAUAUAAGAAUAGAUUGUAACAAGUUAAAAACAUAUGUAAACUACUUGAACACAUUGUUUAAAGAAACGAAUAAUUGUGAUUUAUUAUUCAGCAUUUUUUAUUUUGAUUUUGAGAAUUCUAUAUUUAUUAUAUAUGAACUUAUACUGUUAUUACAAAAAAUAUAUAUUUAUGACAAUAUAAAUUUCUAUUUUUAUUUAUAUGAUAAUAUCAUAUAUUGUGAGAACACAAAAUCAGCUUAUUACUAUAAUUUGUACUCUUUAAAAUGCUUUCAAAUAUUGUAUCAUGAACACUAUUCUGAAAGUAAUAUAAAUGCAAAGGAGCAAAACAAUUUUGCUCAAAAAAUACACGAACAGUACAUGUUAAUUAUAAGUAAUUUAAGAAAAAACAAAUUGCAUUAUGUUAAUUAUCUCAAUUACCCAUUAAAUUAUUCGGAGGAUAAGCUAAUAUAUAAAAAUAAAAAUGAAAAUUAUUACAUAAAUGAACAAAAGGAAUUUAAUUCCAUUUCAACAAAUAAAAAAUUUAGGUCCUUCAUAUUUUUCGAUGCUGAAGAUGAAGCAAUUCAAAAAAAUUUAAAAAAAUUAGAGUACACCAAAAGAUUAUAUGAAUUUUUAGUAGAAUAUGAUUCAUAUAGCUCUUCUUCCUUAUCGUCCGAUGUAAAUGUAGACACGUAUAAUAGUGUAAGUAGAAUAUCUGGCAGAAAUAAGGGUAAUAAAACAGAAAAGGACAAAAAGAAAAAUACAUCAGUUGAGUUGUCAUCUGGUUAUGAUUACAGCACUUCGUCAUUUGUUCAUAAUUAUGGAAGUGGCGAAAAGAAUGGAAGUAAGGAAAAUAAAUCGAAAAAUAGCAAUUUAGACAAUUUUGAAAAUCAAAGUAAUACUUCCAAUAGUAGCUUUGAGAAUAAAAAUAAUGAAAGCUACUGCUAUUGCAGCUCAGACAUAUCCAGUAAUUUCAUUACGGUUGAUGAAGAGUAUGAAGAAUAUGAAGAGGAAAAAAAAAAAAUAAAUAAAAAUAACAAGGUAAAAUAUUGCGAAGAAAAUAUAUUUUUAAUUAUGUAUAGAAAUAACAAAGUACAAAAUGUAAGAAAUAAUAUUGAUAGAUUAAUAUUAAAUAAAGGUAAUUUUAUAUGUAAAUUAUUAGGUAUUAUAGCUUCUAAUGAAGAUGCGUACCUUAUAAAUGAAAUACUUGUAUUAUUUCUAUUAGUGUCAGAAAAUAAUAUUGAAAUUAAGAACAUAAUUACGUAUGAAAGGAUAAUAGAAACUAUUAUAAAAAUAAUGAAAGAAGAGCAUUAUUAUUUAUUUAAACAAAUUAGAGAGCUAUUUUUUUUGUAUGACGAUGAUAAGUUAGACAUGUGUUAUGUUACUAAGGUUUGUAAUUUUUCAAAUAAAGGUAGAGAACAAGAAAAGGAGCGGGGGGAAAAAAAAAAUCUGAGCAUUUCGUGCAAUAUUAAGAGAGAAGAACAAGAGGAUAAAUUUACUUUAAGUCACUGUAAGCGUAAUGUAGAAGAUCCAGUAGAUUAUCCAGACAAAUGUGAAGGAAAGAGUACAGCUAUUGCGAACGCCGUUGAUGAAUUUAACAUGCAGGGGGGAUCAAACGGGAGGAGCAUGUCAAGUUUGAGUAAAAUUAAUAGUACAGAAGGAAGUGCAACAUCGAGUGGAGUUCCUACUUCCGCUGUAGGUGUUUCUGCAAUUGGUAUAGGUGUGGUGGAUCAGAGGGAAAAAUAUGGAUAUUCUUACACGGAGGGAAACAUUGACAAGGCUUGUAUUUUUCAUUUUACAAAGUGUGAAAGAAGUACAAAUAAUAAUUUAGAGGAUGAUAAAAACCAAAUGGAAAUAUACCUGGACAACAUUUCCAUUAAUAUAGAUAUUAAAAGCAGUUUACUACUGCUAAAGUGUUUAAUAAUAAAUAGCGAGUUUGGUCCAAAAUACAUUUUUGAAUUAAAUAUACUUGAAGAGUUUAUAUGUGUAAUUCUUAAUUUAUAUAAUAUUAUUAUUUAUGUUUAUAACAAGUCUAUGUUAAAAUAUUACAAUAACUCAAUUUUUAUCAUUACCAUAUUUUUAGAUGUCCUAUGUUGUAUAUGUAAAUUUCGUCAUAAGAACAGCAGUUCAGAUGUGAGCUUGAAGCAAUAUUUCCCUAUAUUUCAAAGGGCAAAAUUUUUAGAAUGUUCUUUCUUUUUUUUUUUUAAAUUUGUAUACAUAUAUUUGUAUAAAGAUAUGGUAAACAGUAGUAGGAGUAGGAAACGUAGAUCCCCCCUUAUGCGUAUGAAUAAUGAGGAGGAAAAUACACAAAUUAAGAACGAGCCUUUGUCAAAUUACGAAGGCAUGAAUGAGUCUAAAAUUGUAGAUUUAAAUUGUGUUAAAAAUGGAAACCUGCAUAAUGAUUGUAAUGAGGAAGUUAGAAUUAACGUAGUAAGUAGUGCGCAUCUGAACAGCAGCAAUGCAAGCAGUGUACAUCUUAACAGUAAUAACGCGAGAAGUGUUCUCCUUAGUAGUAAUAACACGAGUAGCAAACAAUUUAACAUGAAAAAAAAAGGUAGUAGUAGUAGCAGGAAUAGUAGUAGUAGCAGUAGGAAUAUUUUCAAGGAAAAUGAACAAAUUUUCGAGGUUUUCAAAAACACAAAUUUUGUAGACCUAUUUAACAUAUGCUGCAAAUUUCUGUUUCAGGAUGAGCAACACUGCGCCUGCUUUUUGCUUAGCAGUUAUAGUGAUAAUAGUACGAAUGGCAGUAGUAAUGCCAAUAAUGGUAGGAAUGAUAAUGCCAAUAAUGAUGGUAAUAAUAACAAUAGUAGAAGUUACCACUUCCGUAAUAGUAGCAAAAAACGGGAAGAAUUCGACGUGCAUAUAGAGGAGUGCAAUUUCAUAAUGGCCUGUUUUCGGAAAGAUAAGUAUUUCUAUUUGGAACAUGUGCUUACGUUUUAUUUAAAGAGGUUGAAGCAGGUAAAGUACAUAGACAUGCUGCUUAUUCUGUUUUUAUAUGAUAAGCAGUAUGUAAUACGAAAGUGCAUAUACGAAUUUUUCAUGUGUUUAUGUGAAAAAUAUGUGGAUAUUUCGAAUUAUUUAAAUACUGUCUUUUUUUUUGAAAAAAGCGUUUUCUAUUAUUACAUUAUGCAUAAGAUAGGUAGAUUAAAAAAGAGUUUAUACAAAAUAAAGAAAUGGCACAAGAACAGGAGUUCUAAUAUGGUCCAGGAUAACAGUGUUAGUAGUAAGAAAAUCGAAAGAAGAGAAAAAUUUUUCUUAAAAUAUAUUGCAUGUAUAAAAUUUAUAUAUCAAGUGCUGAGCCUUGUUACUGUUCAUAGUAAUAAUAGUGAAAAGGAGGAAGAUAAUACCAUCAUUAGUAAUUUAUAUAAUUUUUUAAAAUCUGUUGAUUUAAAUUUUGAGGAGAUCAUAUAUUACAAUAUGUUAUAUGUUCAUGGAUAUAAAGGAACCGGUAUGUAUUAUAUAAAAAAAUUAAAUAAUGAAUCUGUUAAGAAUAUAUUGAUACUUCAAAUUAAUAUGUUAUUGUACAGAAAUAGGAUUAAUAAUGAGAGACAUAAUUUUAAGUACUUGAUAAAUGUAAUAAAUAGUAAAUAUUUAAGUAAAAGAAUGAAAUGUUUGAUAUGUGUAUACAUUAGCAUAUAUUUAUUCCUAUCAAAAGAAGAAAGAGUAAAAAAGGAAUUAAUAAAAACAAUUAUGGAACAUGAUAUUUUUAAUAUUAUAUAUAAACUAUUAAACGAUUUUUGCAAAUAUAAUUUUUUUAGUAAAAAGUUCUCUUGUUCGACUUUUGUCAAAUGCAAGGAUGUGUAUGCAAAUAUAAAAAAUAUAUCUGAAAUGAAAAGGAAGAAAUAUUUUUUUUUUUAUUCAACAGAGAAAUCUUUAUUCUUUAUUCAUUUUAUUUAUUCAAAAUUAGUUCAUCAUGAUAUGUUAACAUAUUUCUUUAAACAAACCAAAAAUCAUUUAACUAGUCUCAAUCAUAGUUUAAGCAGUGAUAAAAUUUAUUCUAAGAAAAAAAAAAGUCGUUCACUGGAAAAGUCAAGCAAGGCAAGCAUAUCUCAAAGGAGGGGUGUUUUUACUCAUAAGGGUAUCAACAGGAAAUUCAGUAGUGGGGAAAACUAUAUAGAGGUAGAUCCCUAUUUGGAGGAGAGUGAGGACGAAGAAGAAGAUGACGAUGAGUGCAAGUACAGUGAAGAGGAUAGCACGAGUCAGUACAUCGAGGGGCUAGACAGCAAGGGAGGAAGCAGGGAAGUAAUAAGGAAAGUAAUGGGCGAAGUAAGCGGAGGAGGAGGUAAGGGAAGAAGCCAAGGAAUUAGCUCAGGAUUCAGCUCGGGAAUCAGCGCAGGUAUAAGUGAAUACCGCAGCGGGGUAGACAGUGAAGAGGCAAAUAUUCAAAGGGGGGAGGAGCGAAAAGGGAGAUAUUUAAUUCGAGCACGAUUAAAUAACGAAGGUGGUAAGGAAGACAAAAAUGAGCAAAUAAAAGAAAGAAAAGAUAGAAAAGGCAGAAACGGUGCAUAUCAUAGUAGAUACUAUUAUGAUAAAAAGAAUACUAGUGAAAAGAAAAUACGAAAAGGAAUAAUUAAGGAAGAUAUUAUUCUUAUGAGAAAUAAAUUAAACGAACAAGAACUCAAACAUAUCGAAGAAAAAAUUUAUUUAAAUAAAAUCAUUGAAAAAAAAAAUGAUAUAAUAAAUAAUAUCUUAUAUUCUUAUUUACUAUUAAAAGAAAAGUUAAAAAAAACAGAGGAUGAAAAUAUUGUAGUUAAAAAUACAUUUUCUUUAUGGGAAAAGGAACAACAAGUAAUUAACAGUACUGAUAUGAAUGAACUACAGAAAGAUUACAUACAUUUAUUAAAAAAAUUUGAAAAAACGAAUACUGAGAAAACAGAUUUGGAGGGGAACAUAGAAAAGCUUAUAGAUUUGUUAAUAUACUUGUACGAUAAUGUUAAGGGAUGUCGUCAGUAUAUGCAAAAUCUUGAAGACAUAAAUCUUUUUAAAAAUAAAAUUCGAAAUGAAGAACACCAACCACACAAUCAAUAUGCACUACCGAAUGAUCAGCAGAACCAUGAACGCGUUGAAAGAAACACGUAUAAAGGUGUGAACAAGGAGAUGAACAAGGAGGAGAAUCGACUUAAUCAUGUGGAUGUAAGCGUAGAGGAGAAUGCACGUGUGUAUAACCAGUUCUACGUUGAUUCUAGCCAGGAAAUGUGUGCAAAAGAGAACGGAGCUGCUAACCGGCACAUGAAUGACGAAGUACAUGCUACCGCUAACCAGGAUAUGUAUGCGGAAGCACAUGCCCAUGCUAACAAGAAUACGUAUACAGAAGCAUACGCCCCUGCGAAUCAGGAUAUGUAUAUAGAAGCACACACCCCUACUAACCAGGAUAUGUAUGCAGAAGUACACGCCCCUGUGAAUCAGGAUAUGUAUAUAGAAGCACACACCCCUACUAACCAGGAUAUGUAUGCAGAAGUACACGCCGCUUCUCAGCAGCAGAUGUACAACGAGUUAUACUUCGAUACAAAUAGACAGAAGCAGAACCGAAUAAGUGUUAUCUCGAAUAGGCAAGUGUAUAACCAAAUACACUUAGGCGAAAAUGAAGAAAAACAUAGUCCAUGGUACAUAGACACUAGGAAGCACGCAAAUCAUAACAUUUACACAAGUGCAAGUGAACAAAAGAACAUCAGUGUUACGAGCGAAAUAAAUAUAUGUGCUAACGACGAAAGAGGAAAAGCAAACGAUUUAAACGACGUAGAAGAAACUAAACAAAUGCACAAUUCCGAAUUAGCUGAUAGUCAUAUAAAUGAGGAGUUCACCAAAUAA